UUGGAUUAGGUUUCCGUUCUGGCAUAUCUUUCAUCUUCUCUGCACUGUGAGAAAAAUUACAGGCGACAGAGAUGGUGAAAGAGUCAGCAAGGAAGUGCGGUCAUUGUGGGCUAAAUGGUCACAACUCAAGGACUUGCAAUGGCAAUGGCGGUGACAAGAGUUCUUUCAGGCUAUUUGGUGUGGAUAUAUUGGAAAAUAAAGAACCCGCCAUUGUCAAGAAAAGUCGGAGCUUGGGGGAUCUGCAACCUCUCGCCGACAAACAUGAAGCUGCUGAUUCAGGGUAUUCCUCAGACACCCAAAUUAUUUCCCAGAAAAGUACAGAAAGAAAGAAGGGAAAUCCAUGGAGUGAGGAGGAGCAUCGUUUAUUUCUAGCUGGUUUGGAAAAGAUGGGGAAAGGUGACUGGAUUGGAAUUUCAAAGAAAUUUGUCAACACCAGAACACCAACCCAGAUUGCUAGCCAUGCCCAGAAAUAUUUUCUCAGACUGGCUUCCAUAGAUAAGAGAAAGCGAAGAACAAGCGUCUUCGAUAUCACCCUUGAACAAUCUAAAUCCAAAAUUGAAGAUUUCUCGAAUGGAAAUCCAGAAACUCUGCCACAAGGAAUGCCAGUUAUGGAAGCGGCUAAUGCAGGAGCAAAUUCCAUGCAAUCAGCUAAUGGAGUCGGAGUUACACAGCAGGCUAGUAAUAGUCCAUCAGUUCCAGUGCCAACACAUUUCCCACUCCUCCCUCUGAUUCCAGCUUCUGCUGUUUCAAAUUACAGGAGAAAUGGAGGCAAGAUAUUGAUGCCCUUGCCAUCUCCAUUUGUGAGUGUAAUGAAUUAUGGUAUACCAACAAGUUAUGUCCAGCUGGCCCAAAGCUUAUGGAACGUUGGUAGUACUGGAGGUGUGGGUACUCAACCGUUGGGUCUCCUUGGCCCAAUCUCAGCUGGGCCUGCAACUUCAAUAUCAUCUUCUACAAGAUCAGACCCUUUGGGACUUACACUUAAUGGACCCUCUAACCCUAAUUCGCAGACAAGCAACACUAACCCAAAUGAGGUCAUCAAUGGCCAAUAA